UCACUUCCUUCCAACAUCAAUAGCCCAACAGAAGCUGUUUCUUCAAAUUCCACAUUGUACGUGCACAGGAAAGGUAGUGCAGUAUGACAAACUAUUGGACAAAAAAUUACAACACAAUUUAUCAUCAUCAUAAUGAUGACAUUGUGCAUGAUGCCAUAAAGUGCUUUAUUCAAAGCAUAUAGGUUGAAUGGCUACAAAGGGCACUGUAUUAUUAUAUGCACUGUUGGGCAGAAGCAUUUGUUGCCAUGACUAAUGCUUUUAGGUUAAUUUUUUAGAGGGGCAGAAUGUCGGGAAUCAAAAUUGAAUGACCUUUGACCCUAACUGAUCUGGACAAGUAUGACUGCGACUGGAAUAGAAGAAGAGCUUCCACUUCCAACUUCUAAUGGCUUCGUAACAAGCAAUAUUUUACAAAGAGCAGUUCCUCCAGCUUGAGCCAAAUGGAUGGCCAAGGAGACGGAGAUCACAAUGGUCCGAAUCGCCAUCAUAUUCACAUUCCAACUGAAGAUCAGCCACCAAAUGGCGACAAUAAUGACAUGGAAUUCAUCUUCCUCUUGCAUUUCAUCAUAAAUCAUCACAUGAGGGUUUUCAGACAGAACCAAAUUGGCUUUGUCAAUGAAAAUGUUGUAAAUGUGGAUAUUGAAAAUCACGCUGGUCACAUUAAUCAUGUGAUGGAAGAGAAUUAUGAAAAUGAAGAGGAUUUGGAAAAUGAUUUUCAUAUGAUAGUCAACCAGGUCAUAGAGGAGGAGGAAGAGGAAGAGGAGGAGCAUGUAGAAGAAGAACUUCAAGAAGAAGAGGUAGAACCUCAGCCAGGACCGUCGAGAAACAGAUCUCAAGACGAUAUUGAACAGGAUGAGGGAACCAGAAUUAGGAAACGUUCCACGUGGUGGCACGAGUUUGACUACACUUCUGACAGCAGUGGGGACCUAGACAAUGAUGAAGAACCUCUACUCGGCAGGUCUGAGGAAAGGUCAAGAGAUGGACUGGAUUCUGACCACACAGAAUCACCAAAAUGUGCCAACGAACUCGUGACAGAUGGUAGUGAUCUGGCCGAGGAAGCAGAAGGGUCCACAGAGGGUGAGCAUCUCAGUGAGCAAGAAGAAAAGAAAAACUCUUUGCCUGGAUUUUCUGGGACUUGUUCAUUAGAUAAACCUGGAUGUCAGUUUGAGACAGAGGGUAAAAAAUAUUUCCAUUGGUGGCAUGGAGUUGAAGAUAACAGCUCGGAUAGUGGCGGUGACUUAGAUUUGGAAGAAAAUAGUCUUCAUGGUGGAUCCGAAGAUAAGCCGAGAGAGGACUUGAAGUCGGAAAAUGAAAAGGGAGUGAAUGAUUUAGGGUUGCAGGAUGACGUUUCAUUGAUGCCUAAUUGUGUUCAUCAACUGGCACAGAGCAUCAGAGAUACAGAUCUAGCUGUGGACAUACAAACGUCCAUGGACAAAGGGAAUUGCAGUGCGCAUGAGGCAGAAGAACAUCCGAGAGAUGGGCCUUCAACGCUGAGCUCUCAGAAAAAUAUCCCGCCUGAGGGAGGAGCUUCCAAGGAGAGCGAACCGUUGGGUGAGGGGGAAGAAACAGAAAACCAACUUCCAACAGAGAGGUGGACAGAAAACAAUGGCUAAGGAAGGCAGAAAGAAAAAGAAUUUCACUACUUUAUGGCAGUCAGUAACAUGGUCAUGGUUCUGCUUGACUCAAGUGGAUUGUUGGAAAAAGGUCGGUCAGGCCUUAUGUCGCUGACUCCGGGACUCUCACCAGUCCAUAUUAAAACUCAUUCACUCCCAGUGACAGCUCUACAUAUAGUACAUACGGCAACUGGGUGAGCUUGUAGCACUCAGUUCUAUACGGCAAAGGGUAGGACAGUCAAAGUGUUCAGGUCUUAUCCAUUGUAUAUCAAUGUUUUAUGUCAGUCACUUUUGCAGCAAUCCUAUCAAUAGAGACUCACAUUUUUGUGAUUUCAACUGUAGCCCUUUAUUGGGCAGUAAACCAUAUUUGCUAAGUGAACUAAACGGGUGUUCAUGAUGGAGCCUGCACACUGCUUUCAGUUAAGAACUGAAGAGUAUAAUAAGAACUGUCAAAUAUAUGUGAUGUAGGAAUACACAAUUAUAAAAGAAUAUCUCAAAGUAUCCACAUUUUUAUGUACUACAGAAAUGACCAAUUGUUGACAUUAGGAAUAUGUCAUGUUUGAUCUACACUAUAUAUGGGUUACAUUUGUUGGUUUAUAAAUCAAAAGACUAAUCUCUACAGUUUCAUUAUAUUAACACACAAUUAUACUUGGCUAGUAAUGAAAGUGAUGAAUUUGUGUUAGUCAAGAAGAUUCAAGCCAAUACAUUGUUGAGAGUCUGAGACCAUGAAAGCGAACACUGAAGACUACAAUGCAGGAUGAGAAAGUAUCAAAUUUUAUGGGCUUGUUUUACACAUAUCAGGAUAUAUAAUUACAGUGGGGCAAAUAAGUAUUUAGUCAACCACCAAUUGUGCAAGUUCUCCUAC